UGGAAGCCGCGAAAUACUAGUGAAAGACAGGGUGUUGUGCGUAAAAAGCUCACAGUCUCACACUGUCACACAGGAUUCUCCCUUUCCGCAGGCAGGAGGAGACGCUGGGACUGGGUGGGUACCCUCCGCCGCCGGCUGCCGCGGCUACCUCCCCUCUUCCUUCCCUCCUCUCUCGCAUCCACGCGACAGAUCAAACCAACCACCCCCACUAAUCGAAUCCCUCACCCGAUUGCCCCGACCACAUCGCCGCCGCCGCGGCCGAUCCGACCCCGCGAGCGAGAACCGAAGCCAAUAUGGCUGCCUUGCCAUUAGCCACCGCUGAAGUAUGUGAUGCAAAUGCAGAUUUAAUCAUGAAUGGUGAGCUUCGUGCUCUCCAGCCCAUCUUCCAAAUCUAUGGAAGGCGGCAGGUUUUUGCUGGCCCUAUUGUGACACUGAAGGUCUAUGAGGACAAUGUUCUUAUCCGUGAGUUCCUUGAGGAGAAGGGUCAUGGAAGGGUUCUCGUGGUUGAUGGUGGUGGGAGCUUGCGCUGUGCCAUUUUGGGUGGCAACCCUGUGCAGCAGGCACAGAACAAUGGGUGGGCUGGCAUCGUCGUCAAUGGUUGCAUCAGGGACGUGGAUGAAAUCAAUGGCUGUGACAUUGGUGUCCGGGCUCUGAACUCACAUCCUAUGAAGGCAAACAAGAAGGGAAUAGGUGAGAAGCAUGUGCCUGUGACCAUCGCAGGGACCAGGAUUUGCGACGGUGAGUGGCUCUAUGCAGAUACCGAUGGCAUUCUCAUCUCGAGGACUGAAUUGACUGUGUAAACCUCUCUGUGUGUCUGUGUAUGACAAUUCAGAGCAUAAAAAGGAGUUCUGCUUUCGCUCUCUUGUGUGUAAUAUCUACAACUGUAAUAAUGUACUAUUAAAUUAAAUGAACACCUGGAAUAAUUGAUGCCUCUAUUUUGUUGUUA